AUGAUUCUUUCUGCCAUUAGCACGGGUAGAAUCCUAAAGGGGAGUGGAAUCUUCAUUUUACAGGAAUAUUUAAUAAGUAGGAGUAAGAUAAAUAGAUCGGGGUAUUUAAAAGCGUUAUGUACUGUUAGUAAAUCGCGCUUAAACGGUGGCCAGAGACACACGCAGACUGAGGGGCACACUACCGCAAAUGAUGGCAGUAAAAGGCCCAAAGUAGUAGAUUAUUUGAAAUACAAUGAACGAUUUGCCAAUGUUCCAAAGUUAACUGUUAAGGAGGAGGAUGGGACAAGUAACGCCCUGAUUGUACUGGUGAUCGCAAUGUUCGGCAUUUCUUUUGCCUGCGUGCCCCUGUAUGAGUAUUUUUGUCAGCAAACUGGGUAUUUGGGUACCACCAAGAGGACGAAAACGUACUCUCCACCUCCAGAAAACUCGAACUUGAGGAAGUUUGAAAUCGACUUUGUCACACACUCGCACAUCAAUUGGGAAUUUAAGCCAUGUCAGAAAAGAGUAGUAGUUAGACCUGGAGAGACGACUCUGUCGUUUUACAGAGCUAAAAAUUUAACAAAGGAACCCAUAAUUGGAAUUGCCGCCUACCAUGUUAUCCCUGACGAAGCUGGAUUGUAUUUCAAUAAAAUACAAUGUUUCUGCUUUGAAGAGCAGCUUCUUAACCCAGGGGAGGAAGUUGACUUGCCGGUGCUAUUUUUCCUAGACCCAGACAUUGUUAAAGAUAAAAAAUUGCAUGGAGUUGACAAGAUUACACUAUCGUACAUAUUCUUUGAGGCAAACUCAGAGAUACCUCCCGAAUAUAAAGUUCAAUUCAAAUAA